AUGAAGCACGUUACAGACUACAUUGAGUUUAAGGGACUGGAUGUUUACAGCACGUACGUGUAUGACAACGGGAAAAGAACAGGGUGUGUCCGCAUAGGCGACUGCAGUGUGCCAACAACUGGCACGUUUGGAGUGUCCAUGCACGGAGGCAUGCUGGUUCUGUGCAACUACCAAAACAUUGCGCUUGCAGGCGUUGCCAAGAACGAAGACGGGAGCACCUCCGUCCAGAUACAGAGGGUUUUUGAAACACACGAAAUAAACUAUGCACACACGAUACGCGGUGACACUCUGUAUGCAACCGGGCAAGGCGCGUACACAGAAACAAACAUGCGCACAGGCGCCAUGAAAAGGCAUCCAUAUUUCUGCAGCGAAGAGCAGUGCAUGCACGAGGUUCUGGCAAUUGCAGCAAGCGACGCAUGCAUAUACAUUGGAUGCGAUUUGGGGAACUUUGCCUGCAUAGACGCCGCCACGCACCAGGUGCUGUACACGCGGUCCUUCAGCGGCGGGGUCACCUGGAUAAAGCUGAACCCAAGAGGCUAUGCAGAGGGAAGCGUGGAAGUAGGGACAUAUGCCGGAGAGUAUGUGGUUUUUGUGGGGCAGGAGGAAGUUGCAAGGAAGGCUCUGGGCAGCAUCAUAUGGCGAAUAUACCCUGUCGAAGCGGCUGGCGCUGCCUACAACAUAGUGGCGCAGUCGUACGACGGCGUGUCUCUGUUCACAGAGGGCAUGGAGCUUGUAAAAAACGUGCCAACAGACGAUCUUGUGUACGCGGUUCGCAUGGACAGCAAGAGCAGCAUUGCAACUGGGUACAACUACUAUGCAGGAACCACGGUGCACAUCAGCGCCGGCCCUGUCCAGGAGCUGCCUAGUGCAGAAAAGCCGAAAUAA